ACUGUCUGGGACAAUGGACGACAGCAUUGCCCAGGUGAAGCAGUUUGUGACUGAGCAUGCAACUGGACUAGCAAUUGUCAUCGUAGCUGGUAAAUUCUCAUUUCACUGUUUUACAGCCUCUUCUGAUGAUCUAUUAGCCGAUCUAUUAACUACUCUGAGAACUAUGGAGGACAUUUCCAGUAUACGUGCUGGGCUUUUCGCGCUGCGCAGACAUAUGGCUGGUGGCUGGUGUCACAGUAAAGCUCGACUGGAUGGCAAGACGGUGCUGAUCACCGGAGCGAAUACAGGGAUAGGGAAGGACACAGCUGUGGACAUGGCCAGGAGAGGUGCGAGGGUGAUCCUGGCUUGUAGAGAUAUGGGCCGGGCGAACCGAGCUGCGGAUGAGGUCCGGAAACGGAGUGGGAAUGGGAACGUGGUGGUGAAGCAGCUGGACCUGGCCUCCUUGAAGUCAGUGCGCGCGCUGGCCGCUGAUGUUAAGGCCACUGAGGAGCGUCUGGAUAUUCUCAUCAACAAUGCAGGUAUCAUGAUGUGUCCAAAAUGGAAGACAGAGGACGGCUUUGAGAUGCAGUUUGGUGUGAACCACCUGGGUCACUUUCUUCUGACCAAUAGUCUGCUGGACCUGCUGAAGAAAUCCACCCCUAGCCGUGUAGUCAAUGUGUCCAGCCUGGGCCAUGAGAGUGGUAAAAUGUACUUUGAUGAUAUCCACCAGGAUAAAAAUUACGAUCCCAUAAGAAGUUACUGUCAGAGCAAGCUGGCCAACGUUCUUUUCACCAGAGAGUUGGCAAGGAGACUGUCUGGCACAGGUGUGACAGCCUACAGCCUCCACCCAGGUGCAAUCCGCACUGAGCUGGGACGACACGUGACCAAGUCCAUGUCCCUCUGGAAGCUGAUAAGGUAUUUGCCUAUGAUGCUGCUCUGGCCCUUCAUCAAGUCAUGUGAGGAGGGAGCGCAGACCACCAUCUACUGCGCUGUGGACGAGAGGCUGCAGAAUAUCAACGGCCUCUACUACAGUGACUGUGCCCCAAAGCAGGCAAAACUUCAGGCGUGUGAUGAAGCUGCUGCUAUGAAACUCUGGGACAUCAGUGCCUCCAUGGUGGGACUGGCCUAAGAAAAGAUACGCCCUCUUUACCAAACACACACACACACACACACACACACACACACACACACACACACACACACACACACACUGAAAUAUUCUCCACACCACAUACACAUCAUUGACAUUUUUUACUUUUGCAGAUGCCUUUGUUCAAUAUGAACAUAGUGUAUUUUUAUUAAAGAGAAUUUCUUGACUUCUCAAGUGAUGCCAAUAAUUACAGAUAUAGUUUUGGCGUUGAACAUUGCACAUGUAAUGGUUAUCUGAUGAAAUAAAGAGACAAAUGAUCUCACA